GCACACAAAAGAGAUUUGUAAAGAGGGCAGCAGCCCGCUGGGUAAUCACUUGCCAUCACUUCCCCUCGGCAUUUUUUGUGAAUGGAGCUCAUUAUGCAUGCAGCCUCCACGCAGCUCCAUUCACAAGCUGCGCUCCCUCCUCUCCGUGCACGGCUGCGUGGAUCUCACUCAGCUCAGCCUCAAUGACCACAAACGGUUAACGGAUGGAUUAUAAGAUGGAUGGAUAUUUGGACCAGCAAGUGCCUUACACUUUAGCAAAUAAGUCGCAAGGAAAUGGGCCCCUAAAUAGACUGUUGAUGGCAGCGAAGAGGAAAUACAUGGACACAGAAUUACCCCCUCAGGAAUCUGAAGACCUCUUCCAGGAUUUAAGCCAACUCCAGGAGACAUGGCUCACGGAAGCUCAGGUUCCGGACAGUGACGAGCAGUUUGUUCCUGAUUUCCAUUCUGAGAACUCGGUGGCAUUUCACAGCCCUCCAGUCACUAUCAAGAAGGAGCCGCAGAGCCCGGGCUCCGACCCCAGCCAGUCCUGUAGCCACAAGCAGAGCUUCAGCUACCCCAAUGGAGAGCAGUGCCUUUAUGCCAGUGCCUAUGAGCAGAAAAGGGCCGCAGCUGGAGCCAAGAGCUCCUGCCCGGGGACCCCCAUGUCUCCCAUGCAGCAGCAUUACUCCCCGAAACCUGCCACAGCCGGACGGCCCGAUGCUGGCUACAUGAACCCUGCUGCCACCUCGCAGCCGCUGCCCAGCAACAGUUACCCCAUCAACACCAGUUCCAGGUUUCAGGGGCCUUCAGGAGACCCCAUGUGCCCCCAGUUCCCCCCACCAGUGCAGGCCUUUCAGCGCAUGAGCUCUGCACCGGCAGGAGGUGGCGGGGGCGGAGGGCCGGGUGGCGGAGGCGGCGGUGGUGGCGGUUACCAUCGGCAGCACUCCGACCCCUGCAUGCCCUACCUGCAGCAGAGCUUUAAGCAAGAAUACGUGGACCCGCUGUACGAGCGAGCGGCUCACAUGGCCGGGCACGGCCACGGAUCUCACCCCCAUCCACAUCCACAUCCACACAGGUUCCCACCAGCCCACAUGAUCGUCAAGCAGGAGCCCACAGACUACACCUACGAGCCGGGUGAGUGAUGCUGCGAUGAUGUGGGAGAAGUGGC